AUGGUCAGUAAGGAAACCGGCAAAUGCGUACUCACGACGUCAGAGAGCGAAGUCGAACCUGCCGCCUGCCUGGCCCUGGAGAUGAGAUACGCCCUGGAUCCCAACCGGCAGAUUAAAAAGCGGAAUAAAGCCCUGCAGGUGCGCUUUAAGGAUAUCUGCGAGGCACAGAAUGAGCAGAGGGACUCACGGCUCGCGGCGGGACAGCCCGGCGAGAAGCGGGAGGCGAAGCCCGUGUCCUACAGAGCAGCCUACCGCAAAUACAUGACCGUGCCCGCGCGGAGGGCCAUCCCCAAUGUCACCAAGAGCACAGGCGUGCAGACCUCGCCGGACCUGAAAAAGUGUUACCAGACCUUCCCUCUGGACCGCAAAAAGGGGAAUCUCAAAAGCAUCCCGGCUGCGGAUGCCUUUAAAAGUCAAAACAACGGGUUUGUGGCGGAGAAGCAGGAGGAAGGGGCGGGGGAGGAGGCCCGGCCCUGGGGUGCCGGCCGGGUGCACAAGACGGCGGCCUCGGUUUUCCAUUCCGAUGAACACGUGAAUGAGCUGGACCAGCCUGCCGGGCUCAACUGCGCAGAGCCAGGCGAAAACCCUGAUGCGCCCGGCUGCCGAGAGGAGCCUCUCCAAAACUCCGCUCGGCCUUCCUCCCGGGAGCCCGACCACCAGCUGCACGGCAGAGCGAAGCACGGCAGGGCGACCCCGGACACGGAGGAAGCCGCUCCGCCGGCCCACGGGACGGUGUUCAAAACGGAGGUGGCCGCCGUUUAUGCACCUGCCCCCGGCGCGAAGGCCCUCGAGGCCGCCUUGUCAAACUCUGCCACCGCGAGCGAGUGGCCCCUGUGCCCGGCGGCCGACCAGGAGCGGGGGAGAGCCUCGCGUCUCAACGGGCUCCAGGGACCCACAGCAGCCCGCUCGCCCCCGAUGCAGUGCCUGUCCCCCGAAUGCAGCGGGCGGCCCACGCAGACCCGGGCCCCGCCGGGGGAGGACGGCCAGCCUUGCGCCGCGGCGGCCGCUGGGGGUGGAGAAUCCCGACAAAUCGUGCCUCACACGGAAGUCGUCGACCUGAAAGCACAGCUCCAGGUGAUGGAGGACCUGAUCAGCUCAAGCCAGGAAACCAUCAAAGUGCUCUUGGGGGUCAUUCAGGAGCUGGAGAAAGGAGAGGCCCACCGGGAAGGGCUUUCAUAUCGGACUGGGCAAGACACAGCUAAUUGUGAGACAUGCAGGAACAGUGCAUGUGUUAUCUAUAGUGUGGAGCUGGACUUUAAGCAGCAAGAAGACAAGCUCCAGCCAGUUCUGAGGAAACUCCAUCCUUUUGAGGAAACUCAGGUUGUACCUUCGCCUUACUCUCAGGAGCCCUACUCCGCAACUCCCAAGCAAAAAUCCAAACCCGAAUCUAAAAAGCAUGGAAGAUGGAAACUCUGGUUUCUUUAA